GUAUAUGAAAAAGGAUUAAAUAGAAAGUGUAAAAAACAAAUCCAAAUUAUAGAUCCAUUUGAGAAUUUAUCAUAUAAUUAUAAUAACAAAGCUAGUGUUAAGACAUAUAUAGACAUGAUUAACCAAGAAUCCCAAACCCAAGAUACUAUUCCGAUUUGUUUAUAUAAUCAGACACAUAGGUGUCCUUGCUUCGCAUGUGAGGAUGAGAUUAAUUACUGGGUUAAGAAAGAGGUCAAUGUUUUAUUUCAGCGAUUAUUAGAAUACAACGAAAAAACUUUUGAUAAAUUUAUGCAAGAAAUUACUAUAGAGCAUGAAAAGCAG